UAAAUUGUGAUGACAACUUCGCGAUCAACAAGAAAGCUUCGGGAACGUUAAUGACGCAAGGCUUCCCUCGACCCAACAAGGCCUCGGAGGUUCAGGCUCGGGACACCGCGGCGAGCCGAGCGGUGCCGCGGCGCUGACUCGUGGUGCAUGGCGAUGAUCAGGCGACUAAUAACUGGGGGAGGUUACGGAGGCCAUUUCUUUUUUCUGAAAAUCAUGUAUUUGAAAAAGAAUCUUGUACUCAAGAAAAUUGUAUACGAAACAUACAUAAUGUGCGUGUUCCACGAACUGUCGCUUCUGAAGCUUCAGUGGAACCCCAAUGAACCAGCUUUACGGAACAUCCGGGAGCCUCGGGUCACAGCUCACAGCACACACUUGGGCCUCGUCCUUGCCUGCCGCAAGACCCACGCCCUGACCCCCGCAGCCUCCCUGUGGGAAAAUGGCGGAGCCUGAAGAUGAGGACAUAAAGCAGCUAGUUACUUCCGUGCUGACCUGCGCCAUGUCUGAGGGCGUUGCCCCUGAGGAAGAGCCUCACCCAGGGCAAGGGGCCGCCUCUCUGCCUCCCCCGCGGCAGCCUCGCCCUCAGCCGGAGGUGCCGCAGCGGGGCCGCAGCUGGGAAGGGCUUGCACCGGACGACCAGUAUUGGCAGCAAAUCAGGGAGGCUCGCCGGAUGACGGCGAGGCCCAAGAUCAAGACUCCCAAACCAGCCCCCCGGAGACACCACUCGUGGGCCAGGCGCAGGUCUCCUCCGAUGCGGGUGUCGAGGGGCACCCAGACCAGGGCGGUGGCCAUCAGGAACUUCCCCGAGGAAAUGACCACCUUUCCUGUGCCCUGGGGGAGGCGUCUACGCAGCGUGUCGGUGGGGACGCAGACGGGGGCCACGACCCGGGCGGUGGUGGGCGGGCAGGAAAUAAUUCCCUCCUGGGACCCGCUGCCGGAGGAAGUUUUCGCCAUGGACGAGGUCACUGAGUGGUCCACCAAGAGUUCCUUGGGCAACUCGGGAAGAAAUCUGAGUUCAAGCAGGUAUGCCGAUACUACUUUUCUCAAUAUAGACUAUGAUGAGUGUUCUCUCGCUGCCCUGUCUGACCUCGCAAGCUGCCUCCCGACGCUGCAGCAGCAGCCUGACCCUGCCCAAGACAUGGCACUGCGACAUGGCAGCGACGUGGAGGUGGUGAAUUACUCCCACAUCCUGCAAGUCCGCACGGUGGCGACCAACACUGUCCAUGUGGGCUGGCGGCAGCCUCAAGGGCAGCACCGUACCCGCGUCCUGAGCCGUUCUCUCGCGCUGGGCUGGAGCAGCAACCCGGACACCGCCAACGUGGCCACGCAGACACACCAAGAGUUGUUGUUGUUGUUCUGAUGAAUGGAUGUACACAGUUUUUAAACUUGAGCGACGCUUUUGUUACUUCUGCAUCAGUGACUCGAAAGCUUUCAGCUGUUUACUGUAGCAAUGAUGGUUUCUUAAUGACUGUUUUGGAGUGUGCAUUACCAAAAAUGGUUUCUUAAUGAUCGUUACUGACUGUGCCUAAUGAUGUUCUUACUCAUUAUUUUGCCUAAGUCUUAAUGAAUGAAUUACUGUAUCGACUGAUGCUCUUAACGAAAGUUUAUUGUGCCUAUUAUAGACAAUAAAUGUUUUAACU